AUGACUAGUCCUGAGAAGGAAUCAUCCAAAGAUGGUAAUAAACAAGGUAUUUUAACAUUUUUUCAAAAUAAUACUCCUUCAAAAAAGAAGAUUAACAAGAAAAAUAUUUCUAAAGACAUCUCAAAAGAUGACACAGGAAAUAAGAUAGAAAUUAUUGACUUGGAUAUUGAUCAUCCAAUAGAAAAAAAUAACUUGAAGGAAGUUGAAACUGAAUUGAAAAAUGAUUCAACAGUUAAAUUGAAUGACAGUGUCGAACAAAAAGAUAACAAACAAGAAGUGGUCGACUCUGAUAAAGAUGAGGAUACAAAACUGAGUAAAAAAGAUUUGGCAGCAAUUAGAAGAGAAAAAUUGAAAGAAGAGAAAGAAUUGAAAAGACUCGAAAGAGAAAAAGAAAAACAGAAAAAAGAAGCUCAAAGGUUAGAAGAAAAAUCUAAACGUGAAUCGAAGUUAGAAGAAGAGAAACGCAAAAGAGAAGAAAAGGCUGCUGAAGUUAAACGUAGAAGAGAAGCAUUAAAAUUACAAAAGGAAGAAGAAAAACGUAAGAAAGAAGAAGAACGAUUAGAAACUAAAAGAAAAAGAGAAGAAGAAAAACUAAAGAUUGAAGAAGAGAAAAGAUUAAAAGAAGAAGCUAAAGAAAGAGCACAAUCCAGGAUUGGUAAUUUUUUCAAAAAAGUACGUGAUUCAUCUAAUGAAGAAUCAACUAGAUCUGAUUAUGAAAAAAUCUUUUUAAAAUUUCAUGCUAAAGAAGGUAUUAAUAUUUCAAAAGGUUUCAAAUUAUCAGAAUCUACAUUAAAGGAAAAGAUAAAUGAGAUUGAUUCUCUGCUGAGGGAAACAAAUGAAGACAAUGAAGAUGUAUCACAAUGGAUAAAAUCAAGGACCAACAAAAGAGGUUACAAAAUAAAAUCCACAGCUGUAUCAGUUCUUCAACAAAUGACUUCAAAGGAUAAAACAGAUGAAGAAUUACAAGUUUUACUAUCACUGGUUCCAAAUAAAUACAUAAAAUUUUAUGAAAAUGUCAGGCCACCAUAUAUUGGAACUUAUUCAAAAGAUAUUGUAAUCCCUGUAGACAAUCCUUUUACACAAGAGGGAACAGGAUAUAAUUAUGACUAUGAUUCUGAUCUAGAGUGGGUCGAAGAAGAUGAAGAAGGCGCAGAUGCAGAAAACUUAGAGUCUGGUGAAGAAGAUGAAGAAGAUGAUGAUGAAGAAGAAGAGGCAAGUGAAGGUGAAUUUGACGGAUUUUUAGAUACAGAAGAUAAAACCGGAGAAACCAAAAAAAGGAAAUAUGCUGGUCCAUUAAUACCUACAGUUUAUCUAAGAACAGACAUAGAAACGUUGGAUAAAGAAAACCAAGAGUAUUUUGAAAAAGUCGCAGUUCAAUAUUUGAUAAAAACACAAAAGUUCCCAAUUGAUCCAAAGAAAAGUUCGAUACUCAAUAACAACGCAUCUCCUAGUAAAAGAGCGCUAACAGAUUCAUCAAAUAGUGGAGUAUCAACACAAGGAAAUAGCCCUAUGGGGUCACCAGAAAAGAAAGCUAAGACGAUAAUUACUGAAGUGAAAGAUCUCAUAACAUUAUUCGAAGAAUUAAUAGAUAGUUCAUUUUCAUUGGCAACAAUGACAGAAAUUGUACAAAAAACUUUACCGCAGUAUAACAAACAAACAAUCAAGAAUACAGUCAAAGAAUAUGCAAUCAGGGGUACAGGCAAAGGAGAUACACCACGUACAUGGAGUCUGAAAGAUGGUAAUCAAUUAGAGAAUCUUCGACAAAAUCAAGAAUCUCUACCUCAAUAA